AUGGCGGCUGGUGAGGCGGAGGGCCUGCCGCCGCCCAAGACGGACGCGCUGCUGCCCUACGGGCCCGGCUCACGGAGCAGCGCCCCUGGCAUGAUGGUGAUGAUGGGCCCCGGCGGCAUGCCGCCCGGCGGCUUCCCGCAGGGCUUCGCGCCCCCCGGCUUCCCGGGCGGCAUGCAGCUGCCGCCCGGCGUGGACGGCUCCGUCGCGAUGCGCGUGGCGGGCGGCGUGGUGCCGUACGGCGCGGCGGGGCCGCGCGCGAGCUGGGCGGCGGCGCCUUAUGGGAGCUCGGCCGGCUUUGGGGCCGGCUACCAGUGA